AAUUACUAGAAAAUACAAUCUGAAAUUAGGUUAUCGAUUAACGAAUCCCUUGAAUAGAUUCAUUGAACCGACAAAGACCUAUUAGAUUCGAUGAUACACUCGAAAGUGGUUUAUAGAAUCAAUUGCAAGGAUUGCGAGGCUACCUAUGUCGGACAAACCAAACGACAACUCAAAACUGGAAUAAAUGAACAUAUUCGUGAUGUUACGUCGUGACGACUGCAUGAUUCUUCUCUUUCGGGUAUCUGUUAUUAGAAUUUAAUUAAGCGGAUAAACGAGUGACGCAUGUUCUGUUACUCUGUUAGAUCGCGACGGUUACGCAACUGAUCUCUUCCGGAGGUCGGUUUCUAGAAUUCGGUUAAGCGGAUAAUCCCUAUUAUCUUAAUCGCGGAAGUACACCGAUGUUACAUCUUGACGACUGCAUGAUUCUUCUCUUUCGGAUAUCAGUUAUUAGAAUUUAGUUAAGCAGAUAAACGGAUGACACGUGUUCUGUUACGAUCGCGACGGCUACGCAACUGAUCUCUUCCGGGAGUCGGUUACUAAGAAUUUGGCUAAGCGGAUAAUCCUUAUUAUCCUAAUCGCGGAGAAACAAUACGUGUACAGAUGUUUUCCUCAACGAAAUCAUAUAUAUAUAGUGCCCUUAAAGGCACGGAAUACACACUCUCUGCUACGUCCUUUUUUUUACACGGUCGGAACAUUUCAGUUUAUCAAUUUGUCGAUAAUUCAGUUUGUCAAUAAUUCAGUCGGUGUCAGUCGAAAACAAUCAACAAGAACAAGUGAUCAAGUUUCCUGAUGACACCAUUACCGCCUUCAUCUCGCAGGUCUCAACUCUCCAGAGUAAAAUGAAAGCUGCAUCAUCCACACUCUCCGACGCUCAAAGACGGAGGCGAGCCCUGAAGAGGCUCCGUUACCGUCGGAACAAGCGAGCUCGCCAGACGGGGAACUAUCCUUCGCCUAGGACAUCCGAGGUUUUAACACAUCAAGAAACCACGAGUUGUUCCAGCAGGAGACCCCAUUAUUUACACAUAUCUCCUCCAUCCUAUUCCCCGAUCAAACCAGCUGAAUCUCCCAGAUCACCCCCAGAUUUCAGUGUACUCUUCCCAGAGCGCUAUGACCUCCAGACAUACCCAGAUUUCCGCACCCAGAAAUCCUUGGACGAGUUCUGUGAACUACGGACUCCUUCCCCUCCUCCCCUAGACCUCACUAGCGAAAACCCGACCUCCUCUCAGAACAACCACACACAGUCAACAACAUACAAUUUAAAAUAGAUUAAUAACAAAUUAAAAAUACUAAACUAAUAGAUUAAUAGAAUUAUACACAGAAAAACCAAACAAUACAUCCGUCGAUUUCUAGAACACACGAAUUUCUGUACGUAACACCCUUCUUGUUUUAUAUUUUUAUAAAUAUAUCGUCAAUAAAUAUAUCCCAACGUAAAAAAAAAAAAUAAUGAUACGAUCUUGUAGCUAAUGUACGAUCUUGUAUACGAUCUUGAUACGUACCUAACCUUGUAAUCAUUUUAAAAUUAUUAAUUAUAUGUAAAAUUUAAAUUAUUUAUCGUUUAGUUAUUUGCUCCCUCUUUCAUUCCUCGUUAUCCCAAGAUUCGCGCAUGGUCCUGUCCCUGGCAAAAGAGAUUAAAUUCUCUUGCCUAAAUUACGGACCGACGGACGCACGUCACGCAGUCGAAGUCAUAGCGUCUUUUUCAAGACGUUGACUCGCACUCGUGGCUCUGCACAGUGUGUCCGACUCGUAGGGACGCCUCAGCGCGGCCACCUGCGAGAGGGUAUUUGGAGCGUCCUUCCAAGCCCCAUCCA